UAUCUGAGACUCGUCAGUUAGUCUUUUUUUUCCACAGUUAGUCGACUAACAGAUCAGUGAUGAGCACUAAAUGUUGAAAAUGUAAUUCAAGCUCUGACCUUUAUGAAACUAAAGGGAACCAGUGGUUUGUUGGGAAGUAUGUGCUGAGCUCUCUUCUGCUCCUGCUCCUGUGCGUGGGGUGUCCUGUUUCCAGCUCCGGGCAGGACUAUCGGCCGAUGUUGUUCCUGGAGGAAAGCCCGGUCCUCGUAGGACGAAGCAUGUGGUGAUGGCAGAUACAGUCGGGCCAUCGCUGCAGAGGAAAGGAGACCAUCUAGCCAAUCAAGAUACCUGCCUUGCAGCUGUCAGGGCACUGAGACAGAUCAUACAGACCAGUGGGACGCUACUGAAGGACGACAUUCACAAGCGGCUGCAUGAGGUGGUUCUACCACUGUGUGUGCGCCUGCGCAGCAGCAGCAGUCUUGCAGCAGCAAUGCAUGUGAAUCUGCAGGGAGUGCGAGUGGGCAGUACAGCAGUGCUCUUACUCGACGAGAACUGUACAGGUUAUUGCUGGCCCUGGUCCUGGUCCCCUCACCCUGUUGGCCUCCCCCUCUGACCUGUGCCGUGUCAAUCCUCAGUAACGGACGCACCGACAGGAAUGUUAAGGUAAGUCCUAACGACCUGAAACACUGCAAAAAGCUUUUAAAAAUGUAGCAACGUGUAGUGGGUGGAUGGAUCAACAUUUCUCCUGCUGUGAAGUUGAAAUAAAAUAAUUAUGGAGACGAUGAUGCACACAAGUCUGCCUCACGUCUUCUGUUAGAAAGGCUGCAGCAAUCCAGGAGUUCAGUCAGUAAUCUGAAAUAAUAUUCAAGACACGUGAAAGCUGUACUGUAUUUAUGUGCAGUACUUAAAGAUGCCAACAAGAGGUCUCUGUCAGCUAAAACAAGGCCUGUGUCUGCCGGUAGGAUGCAAGCGUUAGACUCAACAUACAGUUCUGAAGUGGCUGGAGCCUGGAGCCUAUCCCACCCCGGACAGGUGGCCAGUCGCAGGGCUAACAGAGUACCACUGAAUGCUACACAUAGAGACAGGCAACCAUUGACAUCAUUUGUGUGUGACACAAACAACACAACAACCUGAAGGCGAUGGUGGAGCUGCUAAGCUGUGUAUGGCUUUUUGUCAUAGAGAACUCAGAGCUGUGUGUCGGACAGGGUCGUCUGCAGUACGGGGGCCCCACAGGGAACGGUUC